GGUACAUCAUUUCUCCACCAGAAUCUAGCCAUUAUGGACACUACCUUCUCGGUUAAGAUCUUGAGCAGCUUGAAACAGAUUGUUUGUACCCUUUCGUAUGACAAAAUUUUCUACACUAUCAUUUCUUAUUAUCAUAGUUUAUUUUCAAUUUCUUAUAUAAAAGUAAAUAAUCGUUGGGAAAAAAACACCAAACAACACUUUAAUUCAUUAAAAUCGCAUCAACUACGCUCCAAAAGAUAGAUGAAAAUUAGCGUAAAAAGAAUAGUGUAAUAAAAUUCGUCAUUUUUCGCUCAAAAAGUCAAAGACACACAUUAUUAUCAAACUUUUCUUGCAGAGUCUAUAUGAGUCACGAAACCAGAUUCCCACGAGCCUUCUCUCUCUUCUCUUCUCUCUCUCUCUAGCUAAGAGCUCAGAGAACUGGUGCAAGCACUUCAUAGGAUUCAAAUGCCGUCGGAGAUCCAACGACCGUUGAGAUCUGCGGCGUGUAAAGGAGGAUAUCGGCGAGACUUCAGCCCCGACUCUUUGAUCUUCACACCGGAAUCAAAUCUCAGCCUCUUUUCCUCCGCCUCCGUUAGCGUUGAUCGCUGCUCUUCCACCUCCGACGCUCACGACCGCGACUCUCUCGUCUCUGCUCCUUCACUGGAGCGAGAUCAAGAUCAAGACAAGCGUGGAACAGGGUGGAAGCAAAGUCGCAACUCUAGAAAAUCAAAUAAAGUGAAAGCCGCUUGGAAAGAAGAGUUUGAGGUUAAUAAAGAAGAUGAAAUCCAGAAUCUUGAUUCAGCUAGGAGCUCUUUCUCUAUAGCUCUACGAGAAUGCCAGGAAAGAAAAUCAAGAUCUGAAGCUUUAGCAAAGAAGCUAGACUACCAAAGAACUGCUUCACUGGAUCUAAGUAAUGUAACCUCUUCAUCUCCGCGAGUAGUAACCGUUAAGAGAGCUUCAGUUUCAACUAAUAAAUCCAGCGUGUUUCCUAGUCCUGGAACUCCGACUUAUCUGCAUAGUAUGCAAAAAGGUUGGAGCUCAGAGCGUGUAGCCUUACGUUCAAACGGUGGAAGAAGCCCACCCAAUGCUGGUUUCUUACCUUUAUAUAAUGGAAGAACGGUUCCUUCUAAGUGGGAAGAUGCAGAGAGAUGGAUACUUAGUCCUCUUGCUAGAGAAGGAGCUGCUCGGACUUCAUUUGGAGCAUCACAUGAAAGGCGGCCUAAAGCAAAGAGCGGCCCAUUGGGGCCUCCUGGAGUCGCUUAUUAUUCGUUGUUUUCUCCUGCUGUUCCUAUGGUUCACGGUGGUAACAUGAGCUGCUUAUCAGCUAGCUCUCCGUUUUCAUCAGCUGGUGUGUUGCCAGAAAAUGGUAGUUCUAGAGGUUCCGCUCAAAGAACCGAUCAUUGUAUGGCUAGAUCAGUUAGCAUGCAUGGCUGCUCUGAAACUCUUGUACCCUCGUUAUCACAAGAUGACAUACAUGAGAGUAUUAAGGAUGCUGCGACUGAUGCUCGAGCUGUCUCAAGAAGGGAUAUGGCGACACAGAUGAGUCCAGAGGGAAGCAUCCGGUUAUCUCCUGAGAGACAGUGUUCGUUCUCUCCUUCCUCUCCAUCAGCACUCAGUAUUGUGGAAAUACUGAAUGGUCGUUCCAACCGAGCAGAAGUCAAGGACUUACAGGUUGAUGAGAAGGUAACUGUAACUCGCUGGUCAAAGAGGCACAAAGCUCUAUACCAUGGAGAUAGCUCAAAAAUGCGAGACCACUUACAUGGACAAGCUAGGGAUCCUCAAGGUUUGACAUGGGCAAAGACCGAGGAAGCCAGAAUCAUAUCUUGGGAAAAUCUGCAGAAAGCUAAGGCCGAGGCAGAAAUACGAAAGCUAGAGAUGAAGUUGGAAAAGAAAAGAUCUUCGUCCAUGGAAAAAAUAAUGAGGAAAGUGAAAACAGCAGAGAAGAAAGCAGAAGAGAUGAGGAGGUCGGUUUUAGACGAUCGGGUUUCAAGUGCACCCCGAGGCAAGGCUUUAUUAUCUUUCAGAAGAAAUGGGAAGAAGAAAAUGGCCUCACUUAGUGGUUGCUUCACCUGCAAUGCAUGCUAGUUACUGGUAAAACAACUCUUUCGAUCUAUGUGGUUUUCUUAUUCCCUGCUUGUAACACCUUUGAUAGUAUGUAGCUGUUUGAUUUUUCAAUUCAUGUGGUUACAUUUGUGUAGUUAGUUGAGUAAAUUCAAGGGAUGAGUCUACCCCUUUCCACCUUUGUGGCUCUUUGGGUUGUUAGAGGUGAAUUGAUCCCUUGAGAGGACCAAAUCUCUUUUACUUACUGAUCCAUGCAUCAUCGUCUGAUCGAUUUUAAUGUUCUAAAUUCUCUAGUUUCUUGGUU